AACCUUAGAAGCCAAUUGUUUAAUGCGGGAAUAAUAUAGAAAACUGUUGGUAGACAGACAGUAGAUGAAAUUGGAACAAAGGAGGCCUCUGGUGAAUGUUGCGCUCACUUUGAGCUGGUAAUGUAUGGUUGAAUACUUCCUAGUUACUACUUGAGACCAUACUCUUCCAAUUUUUCAGGCCCAGGGUUCAUUCUUUUCCUUUCUCCAGUCUUGGUUCAACAAACGAUGUAUUCAUCUUGGUCUUUCCUUCUCAAGGCAUUUCUUCUUGGGAACAUCGUGCUCAACUUCAUAUCACCGUCCAACACAAGUGAUGUAAGAUUUGCAAAUGAAACAGAUCGACUCGCUUUGCUGGAAUUCAAGGAGAUGAUCACUGAAGACCCACUUGGAGCUCUGAGUUCAUGGAACUAUUCAACCCACUUCUGUCAAUGGAGAGGAGUUACCUGUAGCCGACGGCAUCAGAGGGUCAUAGCCUUGAAUUUGGAGUCGCAGAGCUUGGUGGGGAUUGUUUCCCCUCACAUCGGAAACCUCAGCUUCCUUAGGACUAUCACCCUCCAGAACAAUAGCUUCCAUGGGAAAAUCCCACAAGAGAUCGGUCGUUUGUUUCGCCUGCGAAGUCUCACACUCAGCAACAACUCCUUUCAGGGUGAGAUUACAACCAACUUAACUUACUGUUCAAGACUCAAGCUUCUCAAUUUGAUCGACAAUAAGCUUGUUGGUAAAAUCCCAGAUGAACUGAGCACUCUAUCAGCACUAUCCGAUCUAGGCCUUUCUCUUAACAAUCUUACAGGAAACAUCCCACCUUCGCUUGGAAACCUUUCGUCUUUGAAACAAAUUUCUAUAGCUACAAACAAUUUGGAGGGAAGCAUCCCAGAGGACCUUGGACGACUCACGGAUUUAGAAAUUCUUGUAGUUUCUGAUAAUUACCUCACUGGUACAAUUCCUCCUACCCUCUACAAUCUUUCCAACAUUGUUAUAUUUAUAGUCACUGGUAACCGACUACAUGGAGAGAUUCCUAGCGAUAUAGGCCUCACUCUUCCUAAUAUCAAAUGGUUAUUUGUUGGAGAGAACAUGUUUACAGGAACCAUUCCAGGCUCACUAACCAAUGCUUCAAGACUUGAAUAUGUUGAAUUUGCUCUUAAUGGGUUGACAGGACCAAUUCCUAACAAUCUAGGCAUGUUGCCAAGUCUUUCCCACAUCAAUUUUGGUGCUAAUAAGCUAGGAACAACAGAUGAAAAUGAUCUGAAUUUCAUCUCUUCUUUAACCAACUGCACAAGGUUAGAGAUGAUCAAUUUAGGUCAAAAUCUUCUCAGAGGUUCACUGCCCAACUCCCUGGCAAAUCUAUCCACCCAGAUCAAGCAUUUGAUUUUCCAAGAGAAUCAUAUUUAUGGAAGCAUCCCUUCUGGUAUUGGAAACCUUAUCAAUACGGUGUACUUGGAUAUGGAGUGGAAUGAUAUCACAGGCAAUAUUCCAGUGGAAAUUGGGAAGCUUCAUAGGUUGCAGGAUUUGUACUUGAACCAUAAUAGGAUCUCAGGACAAAUUCCAUCUUCAAUUGGUAAUUUGACCCUGUUGAAUGGUCUCGAUUUAAUGGGCAAUAACUUAGAUGGGCCCAUUCCUCUCCCUCUUGGAAAUUGUCAACAGUUGUUAGGCUUGAGUCUUUCUCAUAACAAUCUUAAUGGUUCAAUACCAAACGAAAUUCUCUACCUUUCCUCCAUUUCACUUUAUCUCUACCUCAGUCACAAUGCUUUAACAGGCUCCCUACCUUCAGAAGUAGGCAACUUGAAAAACCUUGUCAACUUAGACAUUUCUAAGAACAGAUUAUCAGGAAGUAUCCCUGACACUCUUGGGAAUUGUCUGCUGUUAGAGAACCUUUACAUGCAAGACAACCUCUUUGAAGGAAUGAUUCCACAAUCUUUGAGUGCACUGAGAGGUCUACAAGACUUGGACAUUUCGCAUAAUAAGUUGUCCGGAAAAAUUCCAGGGUUUCUUGGAACACUUCCUUUUCUCACCUAUUUGAACCUAUCAUUCAAUCAACUCCAGGGUGAAGUUCCAGAAAAUGGGAUCUUCAGGAAUGAAAGUGCGAUUUCAGUUGAUGGAAAUCAAAAACUUUGUGGAGGUAUAGCUGAAUUGAAGCUACCCACAUGCAUCAUCACAGCCUCUAGGAGAAAAAGCCACUCUCUGCUACUCAAAGUAAUGACCCCAGUGGUCGUUCUGGUAAUUGUCCUAACCCUGUUAUCAUCUAUCAUUGUUAGAUGUUACUUGAGAAGGCCUCGCAGAAAUGAACAGUCUUCUGCACCACCAUUUCCUCAGCAUUUAACAGUUUCUUAUGCAGAGCUCCUUAAAGCAACAAAUGGUUUUUCUGAGGACAAUUUGAUUGGUGUUGGAAGCUAUGGUUCUGUAUAUAAGGGAAUACUAGAUCAAAAUGAUGAAACCUUGAUUGCAGUGAAGGUUCUCAAUCUUGACCAAAGAGGAGCUGCAAAGAGUUUCGUCUCUGAAUGUGAGGCCUUGAAAAAUAUUCGGCACCGGAACCUUGUCAAGAUCUUGAGUACUUGCUCCAGUAUUGACUUCCAAGGUAAUGAGUUCAAAGCUCUAAUUUUUGAGUUCAUGCCUAAUGGAAGUCUUGAGAAAUGGCUGCAUCCAGAAGCAAAUGGAGAGCAAGAGUUGAGAAAACUUAGCUUUAUGCAGAGACUAAACAUAGCCAUAGAUGUUGCUUCUGCACUGGAAUAUCUGCACCACCAUUCUCAUGCAACAAUAGUUCAUAGUGACCUCAAGCCAGGCAAUGUUCUGUUGGAUGAAAAACUGACAGCCCAUCUGAGUGAUUUUGGACUAGCAAAUGUUCUUUCUGAGCUCUCUAGUGAUUCUGCACCAAAUGGAACAAACUCUGCUGCAAUAAAGGGAUCUAUUGGGUAUAUUGCUCCAGAAUAUGGUAUGGGUGGCAAGGUGUCUACAUAUGGAGACAUUUAUAGCUACGGUAUACUAGUGCUGGAGAUGUUUACAGGGAGGAGACCAACUGGUGAAAUGUUCAAGGAUGGUUUAAGCCUUCACGACUUUGCUAGAAUGGCUUGCCCACAGCGAGUAAUGGAGAUCAUGGAUCCACUCCUGCAGGUGGAAGAAGAUAGAAGAAGUAGUAGGAUACAUGAAUGCUUGCUCUCAGUUCUGAGAAUUGGAAUUGCUUGUUCCAUGGAAUCACCAAGCGAUCGAAUGAGGAUCAGAGAUGUUGUCACCAAAUUACACUCUAUCAAGAAAGCUAACGAUGGGAAACUUGAUGCAGAUGACAGAGAUAGGGUCCAAGCUGAAGGCUAGGACACUUCUUACUUUGGCAACUACAAUGGACCUUCAUACGAGUACAUACUGAACUAAUUUAAAAGCCCAUUCCUAGGUAGAGUUCGGGUGGGUUG